GGGGGAACCCACGGCAGGGAGGAGGGAAAGAGGGCGGGCGUGGAAGGAGAGAACUGAAGUGCUGGGGCACCGUCAUGGUGAGAGGAUGGAAGAAGUGGCAGUGAAGCAGGGCCCCCUGUAUCUUCUGCAGCAGCAGACUUUUGGAAAGAAAUGGCGCCGGUUUGGGGCUAUGCUGUAUGGAGAGUCAGGCUGCGCCUUGGCCCGGUUGGAGCUCCAGGAGGGCCCUGAGAAGCCACGCCGGGGAGAGGCCGCCAGGAGGGUGAUCCGCCUCAGUGACUGCCUACGGGUGGCUGAGGCCGGCGGGGAGGCCAGCAGCCCCCGGGACACCAGCGCCUUCUUCCUGGAGACCAAGGAACGCCUGUACCUGCUGGCAGCCCCCGCUGCAGAGCGCAGUGACUGGAUGCAGGCCAUCUGCCUCUUGGCCUUCCCUGGCCAGAGGAAGGAGCUGCUGGGGCCGACGAGGAAGGGCAGCUGGCCCUGCAUGGAGGAGAAUGAACUGUACAGCAGCACGACUGCAGCGGCCCCCCGCAAGGAGUUCUCUGUGACCAUGAGACCCACAGAAGCCAGCGAGAGGUGCCGGCUCCGGGGAUCCUAUACCCUGCGGGCUGGAGAGAGUGCACUGGAGCUGUGGGGUGGCCCUGAGCUGGGCACCAAGUUGUAUGAGUGGCCUUACAGGUUCCUGAGGCGCUUUGGGCGGGACAAGGUAACCUUUUCCUUUGAGGCAGGCCGGCGUUGUGUCUCUGGAGAGGGCAAUUUUGAGUUUGAAACUCGGCAAGGCAAUGAGAUCUUCUUGGCUCUGGAAGAGGCCAUCUCUGCCCAGAAGAACAGUGCCCCUCCUGGGCCCCAAACCCAGCCAGCCACAGUCCCUGCGGUGCUGCCCCGGCCAGAAAGCCCCUACUCCCGGCCCCACGACUCACUGCCACCUCCGUCACCGACCACUCCAGUCCCCACCACCCGGCCGCGGGGCCCAGAGGGGGAAUAUGCGGUGCCCUUCGAUGCAGUAGCUCGUAACCUGGGGAAAAGCUUCAGGGGUAUCCUGGCGGUUCCUCCCCAGUCCCCAGUGGACCCUCUGUAUGACAGCAUUGAGGAGCACCCGGCCCCACAGCCCGACCACAUAUACGAUGAGCCCGAGGGAGUGGCUGCCCUAUCCCUGUAUGACAGCCCACAGGAGCCCCAGGGUGAAGCCUGGAGGAGGCAGGCCUCAGCUCACAGGGACACCAGCAGCCUCCAGCACGUCUACCCAGCAGGGCAGGACUUUUCUGCGUCUGGCUGGCCACAGGGAACAGAGUAUGACAAUGUUGUACUUAAGAAAGGCGCUAAGUGAUGGGGGGCAGAGGAGAUGUUGACCUUAUCGAAUGCCGGUGCUGAAACUAUCCUGUGCUCGCUGGGGCACCAGUCAGAGGCCAGUGUGAAGGAGUGGGAGGACGACCACAGGCCUCCCUUCUAGUUUCUUCAGGUUACUUCUCCUGGCCACUGCACUCCAGGAACUUCCCUCUGCUCCUUCCGGAACACUUGCCUUGGCCUGCCCUAGUCUGGUCUGAGGAAUUGUCCCUCCCAGGGCCUGCUGUGUGAGUCAUCCUCCCAAAGCAGGAAGGGGGCCCUAAAGAGACACACCCUCCUCCUACCCCUUUUCCACUUCCUCUUCUGUCUUUCCUAAAGGAAGCUUGGGCAUUUAGGGCAGAGGACAAAAGGAUGUCAGCAAAUUGCCCUGGUUUCUUGCCUUAUACAGGCAUCUUCCCUGCUGACGUCCCUUCAGGGGACCACCCCGGCUCCAGGCACUGGGACGAUGGCUGCAGCUUUAUGUAGGUUUUAGGCUUCUCUGUGGCAUUAAACACAUCUGGAAUA